AUGGCGUCGGUGGAGGUAUUGGAUGGAUUGCUAGCCCAACACGGAGCUGUGGAAAAUUGCGAACAAGUUAAUACAGAAACUGAAUCGGCAGUGGUGAAUGUUACAUAUGGAACCAAGGACCAAGCCAGACAAGCAAUAACCAAGUUGAAUGGCUACCAGCUGGAGAACUACAGCCUGACAGUCACCUACAUCCCAGAUGAACAGGCAGGGCAGCAAGGUCAGGAGAUGGGCCGCAGGGGCUACAGCGGCAGAGGACCCCCGCCGCAAGGCUCAGCAACACCCACAAAGCAGCAGUUCGACAUUCCCCUGCGCAUCCUGGUGCCAACCCAGUUCGUGGGAGCCAUUAUUGGAAAAGAAGGAGCCACCAUUCGGAAUAUCACCAAGCAAACACAAUCCAAGAUUGAUGUCCAUCGGAAGGAGAAUGCGGGAGCAGCAGAGAAGCCAAUCAGCAUUCACUCAACAGCUGAGGGCUGCUCAGCAGCAUGUAAGAUGAUCCUGGAGAUUAUGCACCAGGAGGCACAAGCAACCAAAACAGCUGAAGACGUUCCCUUGAAGAUACUGGCACACAAUAACUUUGUUGGCAGGCUGAUUGGGAAGGAAGGCCGUAAUCUAAAAAAAGUGGAACAGGAUACCGAAACAAAAAUCACAAUCUCUCCCUUGCAGGACCUAACAAUUUAUAACCCAGAGAGAACUAUCACAGUGAAAGGCUCCAUCGAAGCUUGUUGUAAGGCUGAGGAAGAUAUCAUGAAAAAAGUGAGAGAAGCCUAUGAGAAUGACAUUGCUGCUAUGAAUCUCCAGGCAAACUUGAUUCCUGGUCUCAAUCUGAAUGCUCUGGGCUUGUUCCCACCUUCCUCAUCCACCAUCCCGCCUCACCCUGUUGGAGUGGCACCAGCAACACCUUACGGUCCCUACAUGCAAACCUCCGAUCCUGAGACAGUCCAUGUCUUCAUCCCAGCCCAGGCUGUGGGUGCCAUUAUUGGAAAGAAAGGGCAACAUAUCAAGCAGCUUUCCCGAUGUGCAGAGGCUUCGAUCAAGAUCGCUCCAGCAGAAAGUCCAGACACCAAACAGCGCAUGGUGAUCAUCACAGGACUGCCAGAGGCCCAGUUUAAGGUCCAGGGCAGGAUCCACGGAAAGCUCAAAGAGGAAAAUUUCUUUGGACCCAAGGAAGAAGUCAAACUUGAGACGCACAUUAAAGUAGCUGCCUCAGCAGCUGGCAGAGUGAUAGGAAAGGGAGGCAAAACUGUGAAUGAGCUGCAGAAUCUGUCCAGUGCUGAGGUUGUUGUGCCUCGAGAUCAGGUCCCAGAUGAGAAUGACCAAGUUGUCGUCAAGAUCAUCGGUCACUUUUACGCAAGUCAGCUAGCACAGAGAAAGAUCAGGGAAAUAUUAGCUCAAGUCAAACAUCAGCAACAGCAGAAGGUACAAAGCAACCAGUCCCAGCCUCGGAGGAAGUGAAAACACCAAAAUAUGCCAGACACGUCCCAACAAUGAAGACAGAUGCCAGGCCAAAGAGUGGCUGUGUUUAGAUCAACUUUUUGUUCACUUUUUAAACUGUGGAAGGCUAAGUAAACAUUGUCGAAAGAAGUUAUAAUAAUAGGCAUAAGUUGGUGUAAUUUAAGACUUUUUUUCUCUACUUGAACUAUGUAAAGGAAAAUUUAGAGUAGCAAAACCUCAGUUCCAUGUGGGGACCAGGCCAAACAUGCUCUCUAGAUAUUGACAAUAUGUCAUCUGGGAGAUUGGAGAAGCUGUUUCUUGUAUAGAUCUGGAACCCCUUUCCACUUAGAUCUAUACUGGUCAUCCUGUUACAGAUUGAUUCCUACCAGUUUUGGGUUUGUGACUUAUUUCUGAUGACAAGUUGCUUGUUAUUCAUGGUAGAAUGACUAUACUAGCAACUUUUUGAGAAGGAUCCUCCCAAUUUGAUCCCUCUACAAUGAGUGGAUUCUUCUUUCCUGCCCUUCCUAAAACCCAUCAUUGUGCUUUCACUCUAUUUCUGAUGGUUGGUUUCAGGGAGACAUGUAAUGCUGGCCAGGUUAUCGACAAGGUGAUGUGGUCAAUAUGGUUGGGUUUGUGGACUAUGGACAACAGCAAAAUUGGAUUCCAACGUAAAAGUAUUCCAUUACUCAUCAAUGACAAACAAAAGGCAAGUCUGAUUAUGGGAUGUGGGAAGUCAAGAGAGAAAAACAUAAUAUCCAGUGACAAGUCGUUUAAGUAGGCAAUCUACCUCAUAACCGUCAGAGGACAAGUAAUGGCCAUCAGAUCCAUCCAAUUAGAUAUAGUUGUAGACUUCUAGCUUUGUCACUGAAUGCAGGUCGGUAUAUUUUUUCUUAAGGUAGUCGGUAAUUGAAGCAAAUUUAAUGAUUUUCCACAACCUUUAAGUCAUGACCCCAAAGCAUUUGAUUAAUUUUCACUAAAUUGAAAGGUGUGAAAUACACUGAUGGUUAAAAUAGCAUUCAUUUAUUCUUAAAAGCCACAUGACUCAGUGUAGGAAUAAUAUAAACUUGUCUAUGUCAGGUACCAUUAGGUUGUGGGCUGUAGACACAUUAUAAGAGACACACACAAGUAAAAUCUUGUUUAUGGAUCUUUGAAGCUGAAUAGAAAUACUCUCACAAUAGAUAUAAAGUUUCCAUUGAGGUCAAAUCUUUAUAGUGAGAUGCAUAAUGCAUGGGAUAAGGAGCAGCAGAACAAAAAAAAAAUUUGGAAUGACUUUGGAAGGUGAAUGUGAUGAUGAAUGUUUAUGAGUUCUCAACAGCUUGUUGUCCAUAUCAAAAAGAUUCCAAGAAUUGAACUUCAGUACUUUGGCUUUAAUUUUAAUUCAAACAGUAGACCACUAGACCUAUGGAAGAGUCUGUAAGGUUGCUUUCUGUGCCAGUUCCAGGACUGCUAGCUGAGUUAGGAGGUAGAUGGUUAGUUUGAGUGCAGCAUGUCAGCCAGUGUACACUGCUAGCUACAUCCUGUGAAUGGAAAAUUAAGGCCCUACUGUGUUUCAGUCGGAGUGGAGUUGAUUUUUUCAUUGAGUGUAACUCUGGAAUCUUGUUUUAAAAGAAAACCUAAUAAAAUCUGGAGAGAAGUACCCUGCUUUAUGCCCAUUGUAAAUGUUUGACUUCAAUGGAAUCUUCUAAAAAAUGUUGGGAAAUUAUUGAAGACACAAUCUUCACAAAUGCUUUCUACAGAUAAUUAUUGUUCAACAGUCUCUAAAAGGGGUUUUGGGAUUAGGCGACAAUGCACACAAAGGUACAUUGCAUUCUUCUUCCUCUGCCUGCACCACCAAUCAAUUGGUAGGAUACCAUGAGCUAGUUGAGCUUUGCUCAUUGCUGAGUAUAUUUUUGGCAUGGGCAGAAUCUGUGGAAUAAAAUUGGGAUGCAGAGAAAAAAAGCAACCUUCAUUUGAGCUAAACUGAUUCUUGAUUUGUCUAAUUUUAUUCUUUUAUACUAAGCCUUCCACAGUGUUAAAACGCUAGAAAAUUGUGUAUUCUUGCCAAAACUUAAAUGAACUGUGAUGAUUGAUAAGGUAAUGCCAACCAUGUGUGGUAUUAACUUAAAAUUUAUUCCGCUUUCUUGAACUAAACUUAUGAAUUAAUUCCUUCCAAGUGGCCAAGAUUUUAGUGUGGUGUUUUUCCCACAAUAAACAUGUCAUCUUCU